GCCUUCCCAACAAACAAAUUAAUUCUUAUUACAAAGAUUUUCGUAUGUUUGAAAAUUUAAUGGAACUUCGGAUAUCUUGGUUUUAUGCAGUCAUUUUUGACGGGAGUGAGAUAGUGAAAAUACUCUUCAAUUUUCCCAGACUUGAAGCUCUUUACAUUGAAAAGGAGAUGAUGAAACGCAAUGUGAUGAAAACAACCAAAGAUGAUAGGAAAUACCCAGAUCAUGUUCCUGAGUGUGUUAGGUCUCAUGUUAUAAACUAUCAAGCUGCAGAAGCUGAUUUUCUAUUUGCAAUAUAUAUCUUGAAGAAUGCAAGACUUUUACAGGAUAUGACAAUACACAUUCAUAGUUCCUCAAAUACAAUGCAGAGGUCGCAAUUUGUUGAAAACUUAUCCUCUUUUCCAAGGACUUCUCCCGCAUGUAAGCUUUUACUGAAAUGAAUGUUUCUAGAUAUAUGCUACCAUGAGUAAUGAAUUCCAUGGAUUGAAUAAUAUAGGUUUUGUCUCCUUUAUAUAUAGUCUAUAUAAGUCAAU